AUGCGACGCUCUUUAGCCUCAAGCUUCAAGCUAGUACAUUCUACCCGUCGUACCGCACUGCUAUCAAGUCUCUCUCCCUGUCGAUGCAAUGCUCGAAAGUUUAGCACUCAGCAGCCAGGAGGUUCAUCGUUGUCGACCGAUACUUCAUCAACCACUCAUUUUGGGUUCAAAACUGUCCUCGAAAAUGAAAAGGAAUCGUUAGUUGGCCAAGUUUUUGGAAAUGUAGCUAAAUCCUACGAUGUGAUGAAUGAUGUAAUGAGUGGUGGCGUGCAUCGUUUAUGGAAGGAUCAUUUCAUCAGGACUCUAGCUCCUGGACCUGACACUAAUCUGCUAGAUGUUGCUGGAGGAACUGGAGACAUCGCAUUUCGAUUCUUGGAUUAUGUGAAAAACAUACAUGGACUGAAUCACGACGCUCAUGUUACAGUCUUGGACAUUAAUCCAGCAAUGCUUGCUGUGGGACAAGAAAGAGCGCGUACAUUAGGUUUCUCUGAUGAGAAACGGAUAAGAUUCACUGAAGGCAACGCUGAAAAACUGGCUGCCAUUCCGUCGUCAUCAGUGGAUGCAUAUACCAUUGCAUUUGGUAUUCGAAAUUGUACUCAUGUGGAUGCCGUAUUAUCGGAAGCCUUCAGAGUGCUGAAACCUGGAGGUCGAUUCAUGUGCCUCGAGUUUUCCAAAGUCGCGUUGCCCGUCAUUAAAGAGUUAUAUGACGUGUACUCAUUCAAUGUCAUUCCAAUGAUGGGAGAAUUGGUAGCCAAAGACCGUGAAUCGUAUCAAUAUCUAGUGGAAAGCAUUCGACAGUUCCCAAAUCAAGAGCGAUUUGCAGAAAUGAUUUCAGAAGCUGGUUUCAAAAGCGUUGGUAAACCUUACGAAAAUCUGUUUAUGGGAGUUGCUGCGAUUCAUUCUGGAUUCAAGAUAUAA